AUGUCCCUAACAAGCUCUCCUGACUGCCUAAUCCAAACAGAAGACCGAGCCUUCAAGAUGCUGUUCCCCAAUGUUCCCGACGAGGGAAAUUCCUUUGACGACUUCUUCAACGAGGACAUGUACAGGCUGGACGGCAGCGAUGAGGAAAAUAAAGCCCAUCCAGACCAAUUCGAAGCUCUUUUCGCCGACGCCUUCAACCAAGACGAAUACAGACUUCCGUCUCUUGAUUCCUCAACGGUAAAGAUCGGGCAUUCACCUCCUCAACCAUGGCGCAGAGGCGUGUGGUGUUUGAAGCAAAGACAACAGCCUCCAAGGCUUGCGGUAGAAAAAACGCGCAGACCAGAAACAAAGCGGACAGACCCAGUUGAGACAAUGGAUGCCAUCAACCCCAACUUCCAUCAUGCGCCAGGUCCCGUGUCGCCGCUUGAGAUCACUUCGCCCAGCCGAACAAAGAGAUUUGUCACCUCACCCGCUGCUGGAGGAUUUGAUCCCACGACAUACAUCCGGCCUCCCUUCUCUUGCGAAACCACCUUAUCACCGAGCCCGAUGUAUGCACAACUCCCGAUAUCGCCGCUCGCCGGCCAUGGCGACACGAGCAACUGGCAACAAGACUUUCAAAACUUCCACCUGCGCAUGCCGUACGAACGGCCGUUGCAGCCUCAUCCCCUCUCAAACAAGCAGAGUCAACAAGGCUGUUUAGCCCGCGACAUGAAUGCAGCUAUAAUGACCCAAAAUCAGGGCCUAUCAAGCCGAGUCAAUCCGUAUUUUGACGAGUACAAGAGCCCGACCCACCCAGAGACCAGUGCCAUUGAUCCCGCGCUACUCAGCCCGCAGUAUGAGAGGUCUCGAGACGGCCAGCAGGCCUACGGAGGCGAUUCCUUUUUUCUGCAUGACCUGAAUGGUAUGCAUGAGCCGAAUUCGAUGCAAUCUCCAAUUAGCACAAGCCUGCCGUCAUCAGGUAGCUCAACCCAGUCGCAGGGUGCCAGAACGCAUACCUCGAAUACUACCCUCACCAUGCACUCAAAAGCUGUCUUCUCGCCCCCAACAGUGACUGCACAUCCUCCGCUGCCGACAUUGGCACCAGAGGAGUCUUACCCUGCAUUGGCUGCUCCCACUCCGAAACGUGUGCCUCAUCCGAUUCUGCAUCAGCCGAAUGACAGCUCAUUGGCGGGACUCGGAAUCCGCUAUCCGGAGCUGGAACAGAUGAGUCAAGCUGUGCUCUAUGAGCCACAGGGUUAUCUCCCGGAAGUAUCUGCUCCCAUUGGUGUUGCGCUGCCUUACCCUGCUGCGACAACGGCACCCAAUCCGAUGUAUGCUUAUCCACCUCUCCCACCACCUCCGUCUCACGUCUUUCCGGACCUCUCUCCCUUCAACACGCCUCGGAAACAACGACGGUCACCAUCCCGAUCACCGACGCCGUCAGUGUCGCCCACCAACGUCAGUCCGCGACGCAACCCUGCGCGAUCGCCGACCCGCAGCGUCACCGACUACAGCCAAAGCCGAAGGAAGUCGAUCCACAAGUCAGGACCAAUCAAGGACAGUGCUGGUCAAGAUCCUCUUCCCGCGCCACGGGCGAGAUCAUCAUCUCGACCACCUCGGACGCCCAAAGCACCCAAGACGCCUACUGGCGGAGGGGCUGUGAUUGAUUUUGUGAACUUCACGCCUAAGGACUCUGCCAAAUUGUUGAGUGAUGUAGCACCGAGCGGAAGCUCCAAGACAAGGGCGCGGAGAGAGCAAGAAGCGAGAGAAAAGAGGAAGAAACUGAGUGAAGCGGCAUUGAAGGCUGUCCGAGUUGCAGGAGGAGAUGUGGCGGCAUUUGAGAAGGCGAUUUUCACGUAA